AUGGGCAGCAGACUCAGCGGCACAAUAGCCAUCAUCGUCAUGGACCGCUUUGAACAGCGCCACAUUUACAGAAACAUCUCGCCGCCAUUGCCAGUGUUCGUUCGCUAUGUAGACGACUCGGGAACCGCAGUUGACACUCCUGCGGAAGCACAAUCUCUACUGACCAAACUCAACGGAAAACACCCGACAAUCAAGUUUGAACUGGAGUUGCCGGACAAAGAUGGUUUCCUACCAAUCCUGGAUAUCAGACUAAAGAUUCUUCCUGACGGCAAAGUCGCACACAAGCUCUAUGUAAAAGAAGCAAACAAAGGGAUAACACUACACGCAGAUUCCCACCAUCCAACGGCGGUUAAGAUGGCGGUCAUUAACAAUGAAUACAAACGAGCACAAGACAACAGCACGCCUGAGUUUGCGGAGGAAGCCAGACGCCUCAUCUCAGAUAAACUUGCAGGGAACGGCUACUCUGCAGAACACAUCAUCAAAGCGCGAGCCCGAAGAAGAAACACAAGUAAACAAACAAAAGGGAAACAACUGGUAUUUAGAAUACCGUACAUCUCCGACAAGGUUAACGGCCAAGUACGACAGGCACUUAAGAAAAACGGCAUAACGGCACGCCUCGUUAACCCUCGACCCCCAACCAUCCAAGAACUCACGAAGAAAAAAGGAGAACCGGAAAAAUGCAGAAUGCGCGAAUGCCCUAUGUUCAGGAAGAAAUGCACCUGCAGAUUUGCCGUGUACGAAGCUACAUGCCACCUUUGUCACGAGAGAUACGUCGGCUCGACUGGGAGGCAAGUGCACACCCGGGCCCAAGAGCACACAAAUGCUGCAAAAUCUCAUGACAAGAAGUCUGCAUUCGGUGUGCACUACGCUAGGGAACACCCGAACGCCACCCCAGAGAUUAUGUACGAGGUUGCUCAGCUCACGGAGAGGGAUGAGCUGAGGCUCCGGAUCCGUGAGGCAUAUGCCAUUCGCGACAAGAAACCAACUAUCAACAGAAGAAAAGAAGAUAUGGGAACUGGAUUCUUGGCAUAA